AUGAAAGACCUUCACUUUACCGGUAUUUUGGGUUCAGGCGGCUUUUGUGUUGUUAAGUCUGCUAAUUAUGAAGGAAGAGCUGUGGCAGUGAAAAUACCUCAUGCAAAAUUUAGUCAAAAUGAAUUGCUAAAAGCGGUUAGAGAAGAGGCAGGAAUAUUCAGGCAGUUGUCCCACAGAAAUAUUUUGACAAUGUAUGGUGUUAUUGCUGGCAAUGAACCUGGAUUAGUACUGGAGUUGUGCAAAGUAUGCGAGUGUUAUCCAAAUCGACAUGGAGGAGACUUAAUGCAACAGGAUAUACCUUUAAAAGAUGGGAUGUGUUUAAAAUGUGGUGGUGUCAUUUUAAGCCGUCUUACUCUUAAAAUAGCAGAUUUGGGCCUUUGUAAAAAGCUGCAAUACCGCCAUGUUGACUGCAGGUAUUUCUGACU